UCUAUAUAUCUUCACGCAAUUCUAGUAUGGAGUGCCGCAGCACUCACGCAAAAAUAGGUCUUUGUCCAAAAGAUUAGGAUUGGCAUGUGCAUUUUGAAGAUUUAAUUUGUAGUGUUCCUCUACUAUUCUUUCUCUGGUUUCUUCCUACCAAGUUGAAGCUAGACAUGGAGAAGGAAAUGGAGGCUGCUUUAGUUCAUGUGGAGACGACCCAGCAACACAUGAAUCCACAUGUACUAAGGCGCAAGGGUGGCUUCAUUACCAUGCCUUUCAUUAUAGCAAAUGAGGCACUAGCUAAGCUGGCUAGUGUUGGACUUAUGCCAAACAUGGUAUUGUAUUUGAUAGGGGAUUACAGGCUCCGAGUACUGAAAGCAACCAAAAUUAUGUUCUAUUGGUUUGCCGCUACCAAUUUUGCUCCUGUGAUUGGUGCUUUUGUGGCUGAUGCUUAUUUGGGUCGCUUCCUUGCCAUUGGUUUAGGUUCAAUUCUCAGUUUCCUGGGGAUGGCAGUGAUGUGGUUAACAACCAUGGUCCCAGAGGCAAGGCCAUGCAGCCAUUGUGAAGAAUCAGCAACAACACCCCAAAUGGCUAUCUUACUCUCUUGCUUUGCUCUCAUAUCCAUUGGAGGUGGGGGCAUCUCAUGCUCCUUAGCAUUUGGUGCUGAUCAACUUAACCAAAAAUCCAAACCCAACAAUCCGAGGGUCCUUGAGAGCUUCAUAAGUUGGUACAUAGCUUCUCAAGCCAUUGCUGUGGUUUUUUCCUUAACCGGAAUAGUUUACAUCCAAGACCAUUUUGGAUGGAAACUGGGUUUUGGGGUCCCAGCAGCACUUAUGUUCUUGUCCACUCUCAUGUUCUUCCUCAUUUCUUCACGUUAUGUCAAGCAGAAACCACACAGCAGCUUACUCACUGGCUUUGUCCAAGUGCUUUUCGUUGCCUAUAAGAACAGAAACCUUUCAUUUCCACCUAAGGACUCCACUUGCAUGUAUCACCAUAAGAAGGACUCACCCCUUGUUGCUCCAACUGAUAAACUAAGGUUUCUAAACAAAGCUUGCAUCAUCAAAGAUAGGGAACAGGAUAUAGCCUCUGAUGGAUCAGCCUCAGAUAAAUGGAGUCUUUGCACAAUAGAGCAAGUGGAAGAACUAAAAGCCAUCAUUAAAGUUAUUCCUCUUUGGUCUACCGGUAUCAUGGUGUCAGUCAGCACUAGCCAAACAUCACUUUGGUUGCUCCAAGCCAAAACAAUGGACAGACACAUCACUUCAAGCUUCCAAAUUCCAGCAGGCUCUUUCGGUGUGUUCAUAAUGUUGGCAGUGUGUGUAACUGCUGGUGUCUAUGAUCGUGUCAUCCUUCCUCUAGCAUCAAAAGUGAGAGGAAAACCAGUUACUAUCAGCGCCAAAAAGAGAAUGGGAAUUGGACUGUUUUUCUCAUUUUUGGACUUUGUAGCCUCAGCUGUUGUUGAGAGCAUAAGGAGAAGGAAAGCAAUUAGGGAGGGAUAUAUUAAUAAUCCUGAGGCAGUGUUGGACAUGUCUGCAAUGUGGCUCAUCCCACAUAAUAUUUUGUGUGGUAUAGCAGAAGCCUUUAAUGCAAUAGGGCAAUCAGAGUUCUAUUACUCUGAGUUUCCAAGCAGCAUGUCAAGCAUUGCUGCAUCCCUAUUCAGCCUAGGAUCUGCUGUGGGAAACUUGGUGGCUUCUCUUAUACUCAGCAUUGUGGAUGACAUUACUUCCAGAGGGGGAAAAGAGAGCUGGGUUUCAGAUAACAUUAACAAGGGUCACUAUGACAAGUACUAUUGGCUUCUUGCCAUAAUGAGUGUUGUUAAUAUACUCUACUAUUUGGUUUGCAGUUGGGCUUAUGGCCCUAGUGCUGAACCAGCUUCAAAGAAGGAAGAAAGAGGGAAUGGGGUUCGUGAUCAACAAGAAGAGGCAAUGUAAUGUGGGACACACACAUGUUGAAGCCCAAAUAACUGUUCACUUAAAAUUAAUUAGUCAUGUUGGUCUCUUGGUAAAAUAAAUCUGUUUAAAAUUUAAA